UUGAUGCUAAUGCAUAUCUACUGCAUCAGGGCAAAGGGGAAGGCUUGCAUGUGGUGUGGUGUGUGUGUGUGUGUGUGUGUGUGUGUGGUUCGUGUGCACCGAUAGCAAAAAGGUACUUGUAUCCGAGGAAAAGAGGCGACGGGUGUCAGCCAUUCGUGGUGUGCAAGGGUGAGAACGGCGACCACCAGAAACACCGGUGUGCAAUCAUCCAGGAAAAUGUGACGAGUGCGGUGGUGGAAUGAUGGCAGGGGGGGGCCAGGGAUAUUUAUUCCUGGUCUUGUCUCCCUUCGCUCGUCGUGGGAUUCUUUUUGUAUCUGGUCUUUUUCAUCUGCCAUAUUUCCCAUCAAGGUUGCCAGUUUCAUCACAACAAAGUCGAAAACACACACCUAGAUAUUCAUCGACGUACAUCAAAGCCAAACGACAACAUCUCUCACAUCACGAUCAGAGCUUGAUAUCGCACCUUGUUGUCAGAAGCGAUAAGCGACUCAACCAACCCCAGUGUUCUUCCUCAAGUCGACCAUCGACAAACCAUCGCACAUAUCUUAGUCAACAUGACUCCCGCACAUCCUCAAGCAGCCAGCCGUCCGCGCUUGAUCUUGCGCUCCGACUCUUUCACACACGAAGACCUCAGCGCUGCAUUUGCAGCAUCAGCCUCGCAGCCACGCACCAAGGAUCUGAAGAUCCGCAUCAUGUUCGAUCCGAAUUAAUCACAUCAUCACCCGACAGAAUGUUCGGAGUUAUUGAGCUUAGUCUUGGAGAGGAGUGGUUCGGAGUUUCGAGGAGUACAACAGCAGCCGAUAAGGCGACAUAUAAGCGGAGCUGAUCAGGAUGAUUGUUUCUUUCCUUCUUGUUUGUUCCCGUCGGGUUCGACGCUAGUCCAUGGCAGUCAUUUGUGUUGGGAGUUUUGGGUCUAGGGACUUGAAAGUUUGUCCCGUUUUCCGCUUACUCAGAGAUGACGAGAAU